AUGACCCAGAUUUUGCUUGUCCAGAUAGAUAUAUUGAGAAAAAUACAAGUCAUGUAUGUGUUUUCAUCAUUAUCAAUUAUAUCUCUCGAUCAAGCUUAUCUACAUGGUGAAGGAACUGGAGAAAACCAUCAAAUCUUUGUACAAUUGACAAUUCAAAGUAAAAGCAAACUGAACAAAGAAAGUGGUUGUACAGGUAUCAAAAAUUGUCAAAACAACAAAGGAGUGCAGAGAAAUGUUUAUGCAAGUGGGGAUGGAUCUGUGAUGUGGAUAUUGAGUGUUGAUGCAGGAUAUUUUUGGACACACGGAGUGGGUGAAGAAUGA